AUGUCAGACCUUACAGAAAAAGCUAAAGAUGCCGCAGGUGCAGUUACAGACAAAGUAAAGGAAGUAACAUCAGGAGCGUCGUAUGAAGCUAAUAAAUCGGCUGCAAAAGAUUCCGAUCGAUCAGUCGGUGAUCGAGUAUCGCAUGGUGUUAAUGCUGCUAACGACAAAGUAAACGCUCAUACUGUUCUUGAAACAGUUGUUGAAAAAGCAAAAGAUGCAUAUAAUUAUGUUGCAGAAACAGUUCAAGGAGCAGUAGCUGGAUUGAGCAGUGAUGUCAACAAAGAAACAGCCAAAGAUUCGGAUAAACCAGUAGGUGAACGUGUAAAGGCUGGAGCAUCUGCUGUUGGUGACAAGGUGGAAGAAAAAGUCCAUGACGCAAAAGCAAGUGCUAAUAAACCAACAUAA